CACAGUUUCUCAAUAUAAACCCAAAACUCACACAAACCAAACACUAUCAAAGUCUCUCAAUCUUAUCAUCCCAAACUAACCAACCAACCAACCAUGGAUUCCGAGAUCGCCUUCGACUACUCUCCAUUGCUCAAAAUCUACAAGAGUGGCCGCAUCGAGCGCCUCAUGGGAGAAACGGCCGUCCCACCGUCUUUAACCCCAGAAAACGGCGUCAUUUCAAAGGACGUCGUUUAUUCACCCGACGACAACCUCUCCGCCCGCGUUUACCUCCCGGAGAAAGCUGCCGACACCGAUGAGAAACUCCCUCUCCUCGUCUACUUCCACGGAGGAGGCUUCAUCAUCGAAACAGCUUUCUCACCGACUUACCACAAUUUCCUCACGGCGGCCGUCUCUGCUUCCGACUGCAUAGCGGUGUCGGUGGAUUACCGGCGUGCACCGGAGCAUCCGCUUCCGAUCUCUUUCGAUGACUCGUGGACGUCUCUCAAAUGGGUAUUCACCCAUAUCGCCGGAUCUGGACCGGAGAGCUGGUUUAACAAACACGCCGACUUCAGCAAAGUGUUCCUCGCCGGAGACAGCGCCGGCGCGAACAUCGCUCAUCACAUGGCGAUGAGAGCUGCGAAAGAGAAGCUCAGUCCCGAGUUAAGCGACUCAGGAAUCUUCGGGAUCAUCUUGGUUCAUCCUUACUUCUGGUCGAAAACACCCGUCGACGACAAGGAGACAACGGAUGCUGCGGUGCGGUCCAAGAUCGAAGCGAUAUGGAUGAUGGCUAGUCCCAACAACAAAGACGGAGUGGAUGAUCCGUGGCUCAACGUGGUUCAGUCAGACUCGGUGGAUAUCUCCGGGUUGGGUUGCGGGAAGGUUUUGGUGUUGGUGGCUGAGAAAGAUGCGCUUGUGAGACAAGGUUGGGGUUACAAGGCGAAGCUUGAGAAGCACGGUUGGAAAGGGAAAGUGGAGUUGGUUGAGAGUGAAGGUGAAGAGCAUGUGUUUCAUUUGACGAGACCUGAUUGUGAGAAUGCUCUUGAAGCCAUGAAGAAGUUCGCAGGGUUUAUUAAGGGAGAGAUGUAAUAGGCGCUGUUUCGUCUAGAUGAAAGAUUACGAUAUGUAAUGGAAUAAUUGUCUAUCAGUCUCUGUAAUGUUUUUAAGUGAUUUAUCAUAUUAGCACCAACAACACGAAAGACAUUAAUAAUAUAUAAAGGAUUUAACAAACCAAA